AGCUUGCGGGGAAGAGUUUUAUCCCAGUCAGACAGCUGUGCCUCGAAGCACUACAUCAGCCUCAGAAGAUAUGAGUGAAAGUGACUCUGCCAUCUGGUAUUUGCUUCAAGAAUGUGAAAAACAAACACUGGAAGAAUAUGAGAAGCCAGAAUUGAUCCAGUUUUCAGACACUUUAUCUCCAGAUCUAGUGGAAUUUGAACGAUACCUGUAUUUUUAUAAGCACACAGUGGACCUGCUGGUAGAGCAUGGAAUUGUUUGCACCGGAGAGGUGCCUCUUCCUGAGGUCUCCACAGCUAUUUCCCAUCUCUGGCAAGAGCUUUCUGAAGAGAGCAGGGACAGCAUCUUGCAGUACUGUAGCCAGAGAGAUUUCCUCAUGGAUCCCAAGGCUGCUUGCCCAGAGCCUGCUUGCACUGAAGGUAGUGUGAGGGACAGCGGAGGUAACAGUGAGGAAGCCAGUGGUUCCUCAGUCUCCACACCAGAGGAAGUGAUGUUUGAAGAUGCAUUUGAUGUUGCUGCUGGUUUCCUUGACAGAAGCAAGGCUCAGGGAUUGUCCAGCCAGAGUUCAGCAUUUGCAAGCUGCACUUCUGAAAAUCCAGAGGAUCACCAGAGACUCUAUGUGCAGGUCACUGACUUCCUAAAACACCUCUUCUUCACUAAUACACAGUUUUGCCAGGAAGAAGACCUUCACUAUGAUCAUGAGACCGUGAUGCUGCGGUGCACGGAGACCUUCGAUGAUGAAGAUUUCUAAGCAGUGUCUCCAGCAAUGUUUUGCCAAGCCCUGCCAGGUACACCAGGCAUGGGAGGAGCCUCACCUCUCUCAGUGAGCUGCCUCUCUCAGCAGAGUGUGGAGACACUGUGUUGGUUUGUUAUCAUUGACUUCUCCUUCCCUCAUUAGUAAUUCUUGAUAUAUCAGUUGAGUAAUUUAUAAUUUUUAAAGGUUUUAAGGGUCUUAGCUAUUUAUUAAUAUAUGUUUUUACCCAUUGCUAUUUAAUGUUCAGCCUUGCUUCACAAAGAAAUGGAGGCAUGUACAGUUAUGUGACCUUGCCUAGCAUAAGGUGUGGGAAGAGCAGCAGGGAGGCCAGAUCAGUGGCAGUCUGCACACUCCCACAGGAUGCAGGUCUCAAACUGCACCCUGCAAAAGUCACCUCCUGGCAGUAAUUAUUUUUCUGGUGCAAUUUUUCAUCUUGGGCUCAUAAGGAAAGAGGGAUUUCCUCACAGAGAGUGGAAUGAGGCUCUUCUGUCUCUUUAUGAGGACAGCAGCAGUGAGCACCCACUCCCCAGUCACCCAAAAAAGUGC